AUGGCUCCCCCAGCCACGGGAAACCCCUUGGCCCGCUGCUUGGUCCUGAUGCACAGCCUGCUGGUCUUGCUGUCCGGAGGUGUGGUGGGCAGGGGUGGCGUGUGGGCGCCAGAGACCCCUUGCCACAAAGCUGAACAUCCUCUCAUCUCACACGCAGAAAUUGAGCCUUGGAUCCACUGGUUCAGAACAGAGGGCACAGUGGAUUAUUCACAGCUGACUUUUGACCCGGGGCAAAACGAGCUGAUUGUGGGAGCAAGAAAUCAUCUCUUCAGGCUACGUUUGGAAGACCUUUCAUUGAUCCAGGAGGCAGAGUGGCACUGUGAUGAGUUCACUAAGGGAGCCUGCUUUAGCCGAGGCAAAUCAGAGGAAGAGUGCCAGAACUACAUUCGCGUUCUUCUGGUCAAUGGAGACAGACUCUUCACCUGCGGCACCAACGCCUUCACACCGAUUUGUACCAAUCGCACGUUGACCAACCUGACUGAAAUCCAUGACCAGAUCAGUGGCAUGGCGCGAUGCCCUUAUAACCCACUGCACAACUCCACAGCUCUGAUUACCUCCAGCGGUGAACUGUAUGCCGCUACUGCCAUGGACUUCUCAGGCAGAGAUCCAGCCAUCUACCGCAGCCUGGGCGGCCUGCCUCCCCUUCGUACUGCCCAGUACAACUCCAAAUGGCUCAACGAGCCCAAUUUUGUGUCGUCUUACGACAUCGGAAAUUUCACGUACUUCUUCUUCCGGGAGAACGCCGUGGAACACGACUGUGGAAGGACGGUCUUUUCCCGAGCGGCCCGGGUCUGUAAAAAUGACAUUGGCGGACGUUUUCUGUUGGAGGACACCUGGACAACCUUCAUGAAGGCCAGGCUUAACUGUUCUCGGCCAGGCGAGAUCCCUUUUAACUACAAUGAGUUGCAGGGUACCUUCUUCCUGCCUGAGCUGGAACUCCUCUACGGUAUCUUCACCACUAAUGUGAACAGCAUUGCUGCCUCAGCAGUGUGUGCCUUCAAUCUUAGCGCCAUCACCCAAGUGUUCAGUGGGCCCUUCAAGUACCAGGAGAAUUCUCGCUCGGCAUGGCUGCCCUACCCAAACCCUAACCCUGACUUUCAGUGUGGCACAAUUGACUAUGGCUCAUAUGUGAACCUCACAGAGAGGAACCUGCAGGAUGCACAAAAGUUCAUCCUGAUGCAUGAGGUUGUGCAGCCCAUUGUUCCUGUACCAUACUUCAUGGAGGACAACGUGCGUUUCUCUCACGUGGCAGUGGACGUAGUGCAGGGCAAAGACAUGCUCUACCACAUCAUCUAUCUAGCCACAGAUUACGGCACCGUUAAGAAGGUGCUGUCUCCUCUCAACCAGACCACAGGCAGCUGCUUACUGGAUGAGAUUGAAUUGUUUCCCCCCAGGAAGAGGCAGCCCAUCCGUAGCCUACUCAUCCUGCACAGCCGCAGUGUCCUCUUCGUAGGCGUCAGGGACCAAGUGAUAAAGAUCCCACUCAUGCGCUGCAACUUCCACAAGUCCAGGGAGGCGUGUGUUGGAGCCAGAGACCCUUACUGCGGCUGGGACCUGGUGCUGAAAAAAUGUACUACACUGGAGGAAAGCCUCAGCAUGAGCCAAUGGGAACAAAGCAUUACCGAGUGUCCUGUGAGAAACAUGACUGUGGAUGGGCACUUUGGACCCUGGUCAGGUUGGAAGGUGUGUAGUCAUAACGAUGGGGGUAGCGUAGGCUCCUGUCAGUGCCGAACCCGAGCUUGUGACAGCCCUAGUCCCCAGUGUGGAGGACAGCAAUGCCAGGGCAUCAGUGUGGAGGUGGCCAACUGUUCCAGGAACGGUGCCUGGACCCCGUGGACAGCCUGGGCUCCCUGCAGUACCAGCUGUGGCAUCGGCUUCCAGGUCCGCCAGCGCUCCUGCAGUAACCCCACUCCGCGGCACGGUGGCCGUGUAUGUGUGGGCCAAAACCGAGAGGAGAGGUAUUGUAAUGAGCACCUGCCCUGUCCACCGCAUGUCUAUUGGUCAGCGUGGUCACCAUGGGAACGCUGCACAGUGCCCUGCGGAGGGGGAAUCCAGUCUCGUCGGCGGACAUGUGAAAAUGGAGAUGAGUGUCCAGGAUGUAGUGUGGAGUACCAGUCCUGUAACACUCUCCCCUGUCCGGAUUUGAAGAAAACUACUCCCUGGACCCCCUGGACCCCCGUCAACAUCUCAGACAAUGGGGGCCAUUAUGAACAGAGGUUCAGGUACACCUGCAAGGCACGUGUGCCCGACCCAAACCUACUGGAGGUGGGGCGUCAGAGGAUCGAAAUGCGGUACUGCUCCAGUGACGGCUCCACGGGGUGCUCCACCGACGGAGACCUGUUGCGAUCUGGGCGGAUUACAGGUUUGACAGUGAAUGGUGGCUGGUCCGCCUGGAGCUCCUGGACACAGUGCAGCAGGGACUGCAGCCAAGGCAUCCGCAGCCGCAAGCGCACGUGCACCAAUCCCAAGCCUAAAUACGGAGGCAUCAGCUGCCUGGGACCAGCGCAGGAGUACCAGGAGUGUAACGUCACCCCAUGUCCAGUGGAUGGAAGCUGGUCUUGCUGGUCACCUUGGUCCAAAUGUUCAGUGACAUGUGGUGGAGGCCACUACAUGCGCACCCGCACCUGCAGCAAUCCUCCACCUGCCUACGGAGGAGACAUCUGUCUUGGCCUGCAUACCGAAGAGGCUCUGUGUAACACCCAACCCUGUCCAGAGAGCUGGUCAGAUUGGUCUGAGUGGUCCCACUGUGACUCCUCGGGGACUCAGGUGCGUCUGCGUCACUGUGAUGUCCUCUUCCCUACUGGAAACCAGUGCUCAGGCAACAGCAGCGAAACGCGCAUGUGCCUUCCAGACUCCAACUUCAUCCCAGAAUUAUCCAUCGCUCGCUCCAGUCAAGAAGACAGGAGGUGUGGAGACUUCAACGUGUUCCACAUGAUUGCCGUGGGUCUUAGCAGCUGCAUUCUGGGAUGUCUAGUCACGUUACUGGUUUAUACCUAUUGCCAGAGAUACCAGCAGCAGUCCCAUGAUGCUACAGUAAUCCACCCCAUAUCUGCUGCUCCACUCAAUACCAGCAUCACCAAUCAUAUUAACAAACUGGACAAGUAUGACUCCGUGGAAGCCAUUAAGGCUUUCAAUAAGAAUAACUUGAUCCUGGAGGAAAGAAAUAAGUACUUCAACCCUCAACUAACUGGGAAAACAUACACCAAUGCAUACUUCACAGACGUCAACACCUACGAUGACUAUUAAACAUGGAUCUGUGUGUUCUCUAUGCGCCUUUGACUGGAUGGACACCACUGCAACUAGUAAAUACUGUGUGU